AUGGGCAUUACUGAAAUUCUUUGUCAAGCAUUACAACAAAAAUCUCAAGAUAUUUUGAAUGCUAUACAAUUAGUUUCAAGUACAAAGGAACUUAUUCCAGAAUUGCGAGAUGAUGGUAGGAAAAGAAUACUUGAAAGUGUUGUUAAUUUCUCCAAGCUUCAUGAAAUAGAUAUUCCAGAUCUUGAUGCUCAAUAUAUUGAAGGUCGUGGCCGACGACAGCAUGAUCAAAUAACUGUUGAGCAUCACUGUCAUUUUGAUAUCCUUAAGUCAACAAUUGACUUUCAAUUACAAGAGUUAGAUAGAAGGUUUAUUGAGCAAACAAUGGAGCUUUUAUCACUUAGCUCUUCAUUAGAUCUGAAGAAUGGUUAUAAAGCAUUUAAUGUUGAUGAUAUUUGUAACCUUGUAGAGAAAUACUAUCCUCUUGAUUUUUCUGAGCAAGAGAGAAUUAGUUUGAAUUGUCAAUUGAAGCAUUUCCACAAGGACAUCCCAAAAAAUUCAGAACUUCAAAAUUUAUCUUCAAUUUCUGAGUUGUGUCAAGGAUUAGCCAAGACAAGAAAGUCAAAUUCCUAUCAUUUGGUUGAUAGGCUAAUUCGUCUUAUCUUAACACUAUCAGUUUCAACAGCAAGUAGUGAACAUGCAUUCUCAGCAAUGAAAAUUGUGAAAACAAGGCUUCGAAACAAAAUGGAGGAUGACUUUCUUGCAAAUAAUUUGGUUGUGUAUAUUGAAAGAGAGAUUGCUAAAAAUUUUACUACAAAUUCUAUCCUUGAAGAUUUCGUCAAUUUAAAAUAG